GCCGCCAUUGCCAUUUCUCGGUUCCUCCACAACAGACUUUCGUAGUCUGUGGUUCCAAAACCUCCAUCUUUGAAAAAAAAUCACGAGUGUGGUGUGGUUUUAAAGUUUCAAUAACAUUUGAUAUCUUUAUAAUAUUUUGUUGCAUUUUUGAUUUCACUUAUUGGAUAUCAAGUGGCUACAAUUUUUGUAUAAAAAUUUAAGUUGUAUGGUCAAGGGAAUCGAGUAAUUGAAGUUAUGUCGAUAUCAUUAUCAAUGUCUCUCGAUGAUGACGAGGAUAUUGCCGAAUUCGUGAAGUGUAGAAUUUGUAUACGAGAGUAUAAUGAGAUAGAUAGAAAACCCAAGUUCCUGCCAUGUUCUCACACCCUUUGCUCUGAAUGCAUCUACAACAUUUCAAAAGGGGAUGAUAUAAUCGUGUGUCCAUUCUGUCGGAUGGCUUGUGAAAUCCUGGAACUGCCAAACAAUGUGUAUGCACUCGAAAUGCUCAAGCAAGAAAAGAAAAAGAAAAUGGAAAAGAUGUCAACAGAUCUUCUGGCUAUUUCUCAACGUUCAUUAGAAAAUAUGGUCAUGGUUCAUAAAACAAUUGAUGAUCAACUGGCUAAAACUAUGUCUUCCAUCAAUCUUGCCGGAGAGAAAACUCAAAAACUUGUUGAAGAAAACAACUCAAACCUAGCUCAAAUGAUUUCUCUGAUGGAAUUACUUAAAAAACAAUCCAUGAUCUCUCCCAACAGUGUGCCAACCGAGCUGUUCUUUUCAAGAAAUCUGCAGUCCAAGUUUAUCCUCCGGUUGUACCAGUCAGGUAGAAUAAAAGGUGAAAUUCACAUCUGCCCUGUACCAACAUUUUAUCCAGACUUUGUGCAGAAACUAGGGGAAUUUUGUUACAGAUCCCCCAAGGAGUUUUGCAGUUCUGUUGACAAGGCCAUGGCUGGAGUCUUUGUUCUUUUCUCAAUGCUACACACAGAGUUCCGACCUGUGGUUCCAAGUAUGACUGAGCAUAUGGAUUCCUGGACAGCAGCAGCUAAGGAUGUUGAUGAGGUCGGGAUCACCAUGGUUAAAGCGUCGGGUAAUAAAAUUACCGACUGGAGUUUGGUCUUUAUACUGGAAGAUGACGAAGAUUUUCAAAUGCACGAGAAUUUGCCACAAACAGUGACGGACAAUGAGGUCUUUGGUCGUGUUAUUCACCACCACAUGCUGGAACCUUUAGUCAGACUCAGUCUGGCUAGCAAGUCUGACAGAGAGAACUACGUCAUGACUCUGGAAUCUCGAUAACAACCUGGAUUCACAAGAAAUACUACCUUUGCCAUGAAGCCAAUAACCGGUACGUGAUGUAAAGAUGUUCUUCACCAAAAUAAUGAAAGUAGCUGACUUAGAAAUCAUCAAUCAAGAAGUAGACACUUAAUGGUAUCGUUUAAAAGUACCAACUUUUAUCAAAGAAACAAUCUGUAUUAAGAAAUUGAGUAUUUGUCAUACACUUAAUUGAUUUGUCAA